GCAAUUCUCCGCCGUUGUAUUAAUCCAACGGUUGAUUCACAAAAGGGAAAAGUAUCAAUUAGAGGAGAGAGAAACGAAUGUAGUGAUAAUUUUCUUCGACAUUUUUUGAGAUUUCUUCACCUCUUUUUCUUGUUGUGAAUAUCAAUCAUGCAGGCAUCAAGGGCGAGGCUGUUCAAGGAGUACAAAGAAGUGCAACGAGAGAAGACAGCUGAUCCUGAUAUUCAACUCGUUUGUGAUGAUUCCAACAUUUUUAAAUGGACAGCUCUAAUCAAGGGACCUUCAGAGACUCCGUUUGAUGGGGGUGUUUUCCAGCUUGCAUUUUCUGUUCCAGAGCAUUAUCCUUUACAACCUCCUCAAGUUCGGUUUUUGACUAAAAUAUUUCACCCCAACGUGCAUUUUAAGACCGGAGAGAUUUGCCUAGAUAUCUUGAAAACUGCUUGGAGCCCCGCAUGGACUCUGCAAUCUGUUUGUAGAGCUAUAAUUGCAUUGAUGGCUCAUCCAGAACCUGACAGCCCACUGAAUUGUGAUUCAGGUAAUCUUCUACGUUCAGGUGAUGUUAGAGGCUAUCAGUCCAUGGCAAGAAUGUACACUAGGCUUGCAGCAAUGCCAAAAAAAGGCUGAUUGAUUUCUGAUCAUUUCUGUUCUAUGUUUGUCUAGGUAACAAGUUAGCAAUUGAUAUAGCAGUUCAUUGUUCAAAUCUUAAUUUGUUUAAAAUGUAUACAUUUUCUAUAAGAAUGAUUUUUGUUGUUUUAAGAUGUGUAUUGAAGUGGUGACUUGUACAGAGUUUCGAUGUGAUUUUAUGUAUCUGUACUUGGGCUAGAAUUGAGCUCAAUAAUCAACGUGCUUGUAUAACAUUUGAUUGCUUCCAUUUCUAUUAAAGUUGUAUUUCGAGGUUGACAUUUA